CUGAGUAUGGAUCAGUAACGGACAUUCUUUGGCUGCGGAGGCCGGGUGAUACACAAACGGAAACUGGUGUCUGUGUGUGUGUGUGUCUCUGUAUUUGUGAAUUCAGUGUGUCUCCAGUCCCCAACCCCUGCAAAUGAGGGAGAAUACUGUGUGUAAAGAAUUUAUUAUUCUUCGGAAGAAGAUUGCAAGCUGCAACAUGUGUGUCUUUGCUCGACAUGGUGCAGGAGAGGGCGGGGGAAAGAGUGCAUUAGAGAAGCAGCAGAGAAAGAAAAAAAGGAAGCGCAUUAGCAUGCCAAUGGCUGUUGCCAAUUGGCAGUGGAAGGAAAAGUAAGACAAAAAGUUCCUCUAAGAACUGAGACUGAUUCUUUGGAGAGCAGCUUUCAGCCCGACCAUGGUCGGGGAAACGCAGCAGGACAGAACUUUCGGUUUGGAUCUUGACUCAGGAAAAAUGCUGGUUGGACGCUUGUUGUUGUCUUAAAACCUUUCAACCACACAAUGGGGUACAUUGUGUGUGAAAAGAAACUCUGCCCUAACGGGUUCAUUCCAUUUUUCAAUGGAUCUACUGUCAUGGUUCUGCUCUGCUCCUUCACCCCUCCCUUCCUUCCUCCACUCUAAUUUCAUUCACCUGUGGUAAUUAAAUUCUCAUUGUGCUCCAGUUGGUGUUCACACUAUUUAAGAUCCUCACUUUCACCUUCUCACUGCCAGUUCGUUGAAUCAGUCACAUUCCCGCUAGUUAAAAUCUUUGUACUUUGAGUCUCUUCAUGGUUUUGACCAUUUUCUGGCCUGGUAACGAGUUUAAGCCUGUCCCCUUUCUGGAGUUUUUUCUGCCCUGGUUUUUCUUCCUCCGUUUCCAUCCUGAGAGGCGUGACGUUUCCAGAUCCCUCAUCUCAUCAUGGAGUAAAGCUGCCCCAACGUUGGUCUUCACCCUCCAGUGGAUUUUCACCCUCUACACAGCAGCAGUGGGGGAAUCUGCCAUCAUUCCUCUGACACCAUCCGCUCUGCACUCGGACGCUUCAAAGGCUCUUCUCUCACGCCUGCUUCUGGAGUUCUACGCUCACCUGUGCAUCUGGCGGCUCACCGAUUAAUUCUACCUUCCUAAUAAACACUUUAAUUGUGACCCGUGUUUGCUCUGUUUGGGUUGUCCUCCUGAUUUCAUAACACCUACGACCAACAGGGAUCCAGAAAUGGUACCAGUCAGUCCUGCUAACAGGCCCAUUUUGUAAUGGAAACGCUCAAAAGUCUAGUCUGGACCACUCAGGGGAAAUGAGGCACUAGGGUCUGAUCCUAAAGUCAACCUUGAGCUCUUCAUGUGCAUUUCUGUUGUCUGAUCUUUUUUAAGUUGAACUAAAACAAAUUUCAAUAUUAGGCGAUUAAAAAAGUCUAAUCUAUCCACGUGUCAUUCUAUGAUCAACAUUUUUCAUAGUAUGUCCUGAAGGAUUUGUGGGAAACUCUCAGGUAUGUCUGCAGAUAAUACACAUACAUUGCUAGAACUCCUUCAAUAAUAAUAAAACGAUAUUCUAAAAUAGCAAUCCACCCAAAUCUUCCCAACACUCUAUUGAACGUCGGCUUUUAAUCAUUGGGGCUUUACUCUUUUUGAUCAUUUGUUUCUCCCCCUCUUGUGUAGAGUCUACCAGGCAGCAUUAGCAAUGCAGUUGCUUACCUGGAGCAACGACUCCCCAGCCUUACAAAUCCUUACGCUGUUGCCAUGACAUCAUAUGCUCUGGCUAAUGAGGGAAAAUUAAACCGGGAGAUUCUCUACAAGUUUGCUUCUUCAGAUUUGUCCCACUGGCCUAUUCCUGGAAGGCCCAUCUUAACCCUUGAAGCCACAGCUUAUGCUCUACUGGCUUUGGUCAAGAACAAGUCUUUUGAAGAUGCCAGACCUGUUGUGAGAUGGUUCAACCAGCAGCAGUUUGUUGGUGGGGGCUUUGGAUCCACCCAGGCUACAAUAAUUGUAUACCAGGCUAUAGCAGAGUACUGGACCAACGCCCCAGAACCAGAGUAUGAUCUGAAAGUGGAUAUCUUGUUGCCAGGCAGAUCAAAACCUGAUAAAUAUGAAUUCAACCGGGACAACAGCUACGCUACAAGAACCUCUAGAAUCAAAGAUAUAAACAAAGAUGUAAAA